AUGAAGCUCCUGAACGUUCUCGCUCUGGCGGGGCUGGUCACAGCUUGCUCUCAUGAUCAUGAUGAUAAGGAGUGGACGAAGGAGGAACUUGAUGAGCUUGAGCAGAAAUGGGGUUAUGAGUGGCCCUUUGCUGGCAUCAACACAUUUGCCCAUCUCAACCAUGUAAAGUGCCUCACUGAACCUACCGAGCCUUUCGAUAUUGCUAUCGUCGGUGCUCCUUUCGACACAGCAGUUAGCUACCGCCCAGGAGCUCGUUUUGGCCCACGAGCGAUGCGCUCUGCAUCUGCUCGCCAGACAUCUAUGCGUGGAUUCAACCCCCGAGCUGGUAUCAACCCUUACCAGAACUGGGCUAAGAUUGUGGACUGUGGUGAUAUUUCCAUCACCCCCAUCGACAACAACAUUGCUCGCGAACAGAUGACCCAGGCUUUCAAACAGCUUGGUCGCCGCAAGACGGUUUCAGCACUUGCGCCCAAGGCUCGACUGGUGACUUUGGGUGGUGAUCACUCUUUGGCUCUCCCUGCUUUGAGAGCGUUGAACGAGAUUCAUGGGAAGCCUAUCCAGGUCCUGCAUUUCGAUGGUGAGCUCAUUGUUCCCUUGGUUAAAUAUCUUGUGAAGAACCUCGUUAACACAUUCAUCACAGCUCAUCUCGAUACCUGGAACCCAGCUGCCUAUCCUUCCUGGUGGGGAGCCACUCAGUUUACCCAUGGGUCCAUGUUCUGGAUGGCCAACCAGGAAGGUCUCCUUUCAAACUCCUCCUCUGAGCGCUCCGUUCAUGCCGGUCUACGCACCAGACUCUCAGGUAACGAUUUUGCCGACAACGAAGAUGACACCUCCCAAGGCUGGGUCCGCUUCACAGCCGACGAUAUUGAUGAUCUCGGUACCAAGGGAAUAAUCGACGGUAUCCUCAAAGUACUUGGUACCGAAAACCCUGUGUAUCUCUCUGUCGACAUCGAUGUUCUGGAUCCUGCCUUUGCACCCGGCACCGGAACCCCUGAGCCCGGCGGUUGGUCUACCCGCGAGUUCAUCCGCAUUCUUCGUGGUCUUGAGGGACUGAACCUAGUUGGUGCUGAUGUUGUUGAGGUGUCUCCUGCCUACCAGAACGGUGGUGAGGAGACCGCUCUGGCUGCAGCUCAGGUUGUGUAUGAGAUCAUUAGCUCUAUGGUCAAGAGAGGUCUUCAGGAUGGUGGAAAGGAAGGCAAUGGCGGUAAUGCUGCUGCUGCUUCUGCUGCUAAGGAUGAGUUGUGA